CGGGCUCCGAGCCGCGCCCCGGAGUCCCUGAAACUUGCACGCGGGCGUCGGUCCGCGCCGCCGCUGCCGCCGCCGCUUCGCCUGCCGGCCUGAGAGCGGGACCAUGGAUGAAAGGUUCAACAAGUGGCUGCUGACGCCGGUGCUCACUCUUCUUUUCGUGGUCAUCAUGUACCAGUACGUGUCCCCCUCCUGCACCAGCUCCUGUGCCAACUUCGGGGAGCAGCCCCACAGGGGGGAGGCCGGCCCGCCCGCCGCCCCGGCUCCCGCCCGCCGCGCACAGGCGCCUUCCGAGGAGUGGGAGCGGCGGCCCCAGCUGCCUCCGCCGCCCCGCAGGCCGCCCGAGGGGCCUCGGGGGCCCGCGGCUCCAGAGGACGAGGACGAGGAGCCUGGGGAUCCCGAGGAGGAGGGGGAGGAGGAAGAGGAGCCUGACUCCGAGGCCCUUGAGAACAGCUCCCUGCCCCGGUUUGUGCCGCGCUUCAACUUCACCCUGAAGGACCUGACCCGCUUCGUGGAUUUCAACAUCAAAGGGCGCGACGUGAUCGUGUUCCUGCACAUCCAGAAGACCGGGGGGACCACGUUCGGCCGCCACCUGGUCAAGAACAUUCGGUUGGAGCAGCCUUGCAGCUGCAAAGCCGGCCAGAAGAAGUGCACCUGCCACCGGCCGGGCAAGAAGGAGACAUGGCUCUUCUCCCGCUUCUCUACUGGCUGGAGCUGCGGGCUGCACGCCGACUGGACGGAGCUCACCAACUGCGUGCCGGCCAUCAUGGAGAAGAAGGACUGUCCCCGCAACCACAGCCACACCAGAUACAGAAGGAUGGAAUAGCUGUGGCAGAUGUGAAGUGUCCUGCAUCA